AUGUCGAACCGUCAUCACCAUCCUCUUCGUCCUCUCCAUCUUCAGUUUCUUUUCUGCUUACUCUUCUUAGUGGCCAUACUACUACUGCUACCUCAUCAUCUUCCUUGCAUGGCCAUGAAUCCCAUCAUGAUGAUGGAUCGAUCACGACAAGAAGAACACCACACCACUUCCGAGAAUAAGGAGGAUUCAUCUCUCCUCAUUCGUCCCUUCAUCAUUCCCUAUGCUCAUUCCGAACAUCUAAAGCUUCUUUUUCGAUUGAAUGAAACUCUUUCCAUGUUCAAGAAGACUAUGGAUCGAGUUUUCCCAAAAUUGUACUCGAAGACAUCCUUGAGAUGGGAAAUGGGUACAGAUCUCGAUCAAGUUGUGGAGUUGGUUCAGUAUUGGCAUGAUGUGUUUGAUUGGAAGGGUCAGGUUGAGAAAUUGAAUACCAAACUUCCACAUUAUGAAACAACUCUGAUUGAUGAUGAUGAUGAAGAAGUAAUGAUUCGUUUUGCUUGGAGAAAGUCAUCAUUAACCUCCAAAAAAGGGAAAAUGAAUGGUGAACGAAAGGUCCUUCUUCUCCUUCAUGGAUGGCCAGGAAGUGUUUGGGAAUUUCACAACAUGGUGGAUGAGUUGGUUCAGGUGCAUGGCUACGAUGUGGUCGCACCUUCGAUUCCAGGUUAUGGCUAUUCUUUUAUUCCAAAACGAGAAGGUUGUUGUGAUGUCAAGAAAGUGGCCUCUCUUUUUGUCAAACUCAUGAAACAACUCGGUUAUGGAAAAUAUAUUGUUCAAGGAGGAGAUUGGGGAAGUAUCAUUGGGGAGCAUGUGGCACGAUUGGAUCCCUCUCAUUGUAUUGGUUAUCAUUCGAAUAUGUGUGUCGUGUUACCUUAUUGGCAAGAUUGGAUUCAAGUGGCCAUCGAUGCUCUGAAAAAACUCAUCUUUGGGACUCCUCUUAUUGAGAAUACAGAGUCUUUCAGUUCCUUCUUAAUGUAUGCUGUGAAAUAUUUCACUAUCGAUGGUGGUUAUCAACAUUUACAAUCGACACGACCCGAUAGUUUGGGAAUUGCCUUAUUGGAUUCUCCAGUGGGAAUGAUGGCCUAUCUUUUAGAGAAAUUCAUUGCAUGGACUGAUUUGCCACAAAAAGAUACCUCCCAAUUAUUCAGUCGAAUUUCACGCGAUGAUUUCUUGACCAAUGUGAUGAUUUAUCAAACGACACAAACCAUUGCCUCCAGUAUUCGAUUGUACUAUUUCACAAUGACCAAUCAAAAGUCCUUUGGUGAAGAUAAACCCUAUCUGUCCACACCAACGGCUUGUGCAGUCUUUAAAGAUUUAUUUCGAGCGACUCGAUAUACGGCUCAGAGAAAUUUCAAUUUGGUUCAAUUUAAUAGAUAUGAACAAGGUGGACAUUUUGCUGCAUUGGAAAAUCCUAAAGUAUUGAUUCAAGAUGUGAUUCAAUUUGCCAAUACGAGGUAUGAGCAAAUGGGCAGUGAUGAAGAUGACGCUUCUCAACACCGACAACAGGCAAAAAAGAAUGAAUUGUGA